AUGUCCGUCAACUUCUCACAAAGAUCACCACUACCACGGAUCAAGCAUUUGAAACUGGGUACAACGGUGGGACAAGGUUCGUUCGCAUUUGUCAAAACAGCGUGUUUAGAAUCGGAUCCUAAGACUGUUGUGGCGGUGAAGUUUGUACAUUUGCCGACGUGUGCAAAAUAUGGAUUGAGUGAAAAAGAUGUUACUCAAGAAGUCAUUUUGCAAUCAAAAUGCAGCGGACACCCAAAUGUUCUUAGAGUCAUCGAUUGCAACCUGACACAGGACUUUUUAUGGAUUGUGAUGGAAAUGGCCAGUGGAGGAGAUCUGUUCGAUAAAAUUGAGCCUGAUGUGGGUGUGGACCCUGAAGUUGCCCGAUUUUACUUCAAGCAGAUGGUUAAUGCUUUGCAAUACUUACAUCGAGACUGUGGUAUAGCCCAUCGCGAUGUAAAGCCCGAAAAUGUGCUUUUAGACAAGAAUGGGAAUUUAAAGCUAGCCGAUUUUGGCCUGGCUUCACGAUUCAGACGGAAGGAUGGUACUAAAAGAGUUUGUUCAGAUAGACGCGGUACUUUGCCCUACAUGGCUCCUGAAAUUGUGUAUUCGCGCGGAUACUACGCUGAUAUGACCGACAUAUGGUCUUGUGGCAUCCUGUUGUUUGUUCUGUUGGUUGGAGAGACGCCUUGGAGCUUACCUAGCGAAGAUGAUGAUGACUUUAAAGAGUUUUGGGUCAAUAGUGGGAAACUGGCCUGUGGACGAUGGGCCAGGCUUGAUCUGACCGAAUUGAAUUUGUUACGCAAGAUCUUACAUCCCAACCCAACCGAAAGAUAUACCUUAGAGCAACUGAAACUGCACAGUUGGUAUUCCAGUUCAGUAUCUUUCGCUGACGAUUCGGGCAUUUGCAAGGAUCCUCAAACACUGUCAAUUAAGUUAAUGAGCAGGCUCCAAGACCCUCUUAACGAGGAGGCUACCAACCCCAAAGCCCCUCAUCUUUACGAAAGGGAUCUCUACACUUCAACUCAACCUACAGGCCCCCAUGGCGCAUCCCUUCAACGAGAAUGCACAAAAAUCGAGAAGUUUGCUGCUAGUCAAUUUGACUUAUCACAUCGGGCCGACCAGGACAUUGAUUGGAGUCAGAAUCUACAGCAAGAUACUUACAGUCAGCAGUUUGACAAUUACGGUGAAUACAGCAGUUCCUUCCUGAAUCCCGCGAAAAUGACCAACUUUUUGUCCAAAAAAGACAUUGGCACCAUCUUAGAUACCCUAGAGUACGCACUACGAGAAUUGAAGAUCCCGGUCAGCUCACGAUUGAGCAAAUCAUUUCGAAAACUGGCUGAGACUGUUGACCGCGGAGAAAUCUUCCCUCUUACAGUUCAGAUGAAAACCUCAGACAGAAAGGGCUGGGAUCUGUCCGGGAAUAUAACGCUAACUUCAUUUGAAGGUGGCAUCAUACUACUGUACUUUAAUAGAAGAAAGGGAGAUCCAUUGGAGUGGAGAAGGAUAUUCCGUUCAAUCCGUUUCCUUUGUCGUGAAAUUAUUUACAGGCGUUAG